AUCUCCCUUGUUUAUUAGCCAGUGAAAUGAUGCAUUUUCUGGCGCGCUAGCUAAAUUUCAAUUCAAUUAUCGAUGUAUGUUGGAAGUGAAAAAUGGUUUUUGUGGAUUUCAAUACUUGCUUCACAGAUCCAAAGCAGUUCAUUAGGUUGAUCAUACUGGUUACCUGUGUUUGUGUUACUAUUUAUGAGCUCGAAAUUUGUAUAAGAAAAUUGGUCCAUCCACCAGUAACAACGUUAAACAUGCUCAAACUCAAUGAAACAAUGAAAUAUCCAGCAAUAACUAUUUGUAGAAAACCUGCAUAUAAGACGCAACUUUUCCUUAAAUAUGGAAUGAGAAGAAGAACUGAAUUGAGUAACAAAGGAGCCUUCUCUAAAUUCAAAUUCGAUGAAUAUACUUUAGAUGAUUUCAUGAAUGCCUCCACUUACUCUGUCGAUGAAACUCUGCAAUUUUACGGAUACAACUCAAUCGUUGGGAGUAAAAAUAUGAACGUAACUUCUGAUUUGUAUCUGAAAUUGGGGAACUGCCACACCUUCAGUACAACAAACGUGUCUUCUAAAUUUUCCCUGGAAGGUGGUAUGGUGUUCUACUUGGGAAGUUACGCAGUUACGAGAAAUUUGAACAAAAAUUCGAAGGACUAUGUAUUUGCUCAAGAUUUUUCCGAAGGAUAUAAUGUUUUCAUACAUGAUACAUCAGAAUUUAUCACAGAUCAAUCGGAGCAGAUGGAAACCUACUCGCAAUUCAUUUUCAUCGAACCUGGAGAGUCAAUCUAUUUAAAUAUAGAAGUGAAGGAAUUCCACAUGGUAGAUCAUACCGAUGAACCAUGUGUGUCUAUCAGGAAUUACAGCCAAUCUCGAUGUUUGGAAGAAUGCAUGCACGAUAAGCUGAUGAGAGAGUACUCAUGUUCGUUACCUUGGAUGAAGGGCAGGUUGAUUUACCCAUCCUGCAAUAACUCUGAGAUUAUUGAUGAAAUGAAUAAUAUGCUCAAUAGCAAAAGAAAGGAAUUUUCUGAAGAUUGCAUCUGCUCGAAACCCUGCCAUCUUUAUCUGUACCUUCCCAAAGUAAUGCAAAGAAAAACAGCCAAUACAUCACCUUUCUCGCUUCUCUACCUCAGCUAUACCUCGAACAUUGUUACCACGGUUGUGCAAGUGGUGAGCUACGAUUGGAGUGCCUUCAUUGCUGAUCUUGGUGGAUCUCUUGGCUUGUUCCUUGGCCUGUCCGUCAUAGGACUGAUCGAGGUGAUCGAGAUGUUCCUGAGACUCAUAUUUCGUAAGAGAAGGCAGAAGAUAAGGGAAGAGGAGCGCAUUGCUUCGUUGAGGGAUCUGCGAAUGGUGGGAAGACUUCUGGAGUACCUUCUUGCCUACAGAAACCGGCCAAAUGGUGAAGUAGUUUUGAGGAAUUGUCAAAAUCAGAAAUAUUGACGCAGAAUUUGUAGUUUUAU